CAUAUCUUCUUCCUUAUCCGAAGCAAAGAAGAAAAAAAAAUCCUCUUUUCAUUUUUCGGAGUGCUCAGAGCUCACUCUCCACCACUCAAAUGCCUCUGACCAUAACCAACGGCGGUGCCACCGUCGGCACCAGUGGGGGAAUUCUCUACAGAACCUUCACAAGAACUCCUUCUAACUAUUUCCUUUUCCGUCGCAACGCGCUUUUUCAUCCCUCAAAAGAAGCCCGCACCCUCCAUCUCGUUCAAGCCAAGAAAUCCUCCUUCCGAACAGGCCGAUUCGACAGUAAGAACCGGAAGAGCUCGACGACAAUCAAGGAACAGGAAGAAGAAGAAGAACGAAAUCGGACGGCCGGGGUUGAAAUGGGCAGUCCCGUCGUUGAAAAUGCCGGUGUAGUGUUUGACGUGGAUGAGAAUUUGCCGCAAUUGCCUGGGCUUCAGCCGGAUUUCUGGGAGGGUCCGCAGUGGGAUGCCUUUGGCUUCUUCCUAGAGUACUUGUGGGCUUUUGGAAUCGUUUUCGCGAUUAUUGCAUGUGGAAUUGCUGUCACUACAUAUAAUGAAGGAGCAACUGAUUUCAAGGAGACACCUGCAUAUAAAGAAUCAGUUCAAACUAGAGAGAUUUUAGAACCAGAGGCAUCAAACCCAGAUGUGUUUGAAUCUAAUCCAACUGAGGUGGCUCCAAGUUUGGAAUGAUGUUGAUGCUUACAUAUCAAAAACAGAUUACACAUCUUGGAUACAUUAUCAUCCUCCCAAGCAGUUAAAGAAGUGAAAAAGAAAACAAAGGAUACUAUGUGAAUUUGUAAUGGCAUAUUUUUCUAGGUAUGUUAUGACAACUUUAUUCUAUUGUAUCUAGUUAAGAUUUUGAUCUUAUGUCUUAGUUUUCUUAUCAACAUGUUGUUUUUUUCUUUUA